CAAACGGAAAAAUGUCUUUGGUAGCCAUCAGAAUAUUUAUUUUUUGUUUCAAGAGUUGAUAAACCAUGUCAAGCUUGUGCUUUUGGAAUUGGGAAAUGAAAAUGGACUUGGUUGGUAUUUCAGUUUCCAAAGAAAGUCAACAAAAUACUGUAACACAAGAUAGUGAUAAGUCAAAUCUUCUUUGUGUCCUAUUAGACUUGAGUCCAAAUUUAUUCGAUAGACUGGACAAGUUUGUACCCAGUCAAAGUGCUAAAAGUGUAGACUUGAUCGAAGCAGACGCACUUGAAACUUUCCUACUACAGUUGAUCACUUUUCUUCACGUCUUUUUGUUAUCGAACUUUGCAAACAGAUUAGUGAUAAUUGUAUACAAUGAAUACAAUAUUCACGUUGUAUACGAGGAUAAAGGUUUAAAUACUCUGAGCGACCCAUCCAAUUCUGCCAGUUUUUUGUUGACAGAGGAACGACAGGAACGUUUGACCCGACUUGAUUCAGAAUUCUUGAAAAAUGUUGCAAGUUUUAUUGAAUCAUAUCCUUACAAUAGUUGCGAAGAGAAUGGGACACUUCUUUCAGCUUCCCUUUCUUUUGCGCUUUGUUAUCUUCAUCGUAGAAUACUAUCGGAGAGAUACGAAGCUCGCAUUCUUUGUUUACAUGCGUCUUCAGAUGUACCCAAACAGUAUAUUGGAGUAAUGAAUAGUAUAUUUUGUGCGCAACGUUGGAGCAUUCUUAUAGAUGUUUGUAACUUGCAUGAAGAAGAAUCAUCUCUAUUGCAACAAGCUGCUCAUCUUACAGGAGGUAUAUACUUUAAACCGAAACAAUCCGAAGCCAUACCUCUGUCGAACUAUUUAUGUAGUUUAUAUUUUCCAAGUCGAGAUGCUCGAAAGUAUUUAAAAAUACCGGUGCUGAAUAGCGUUGAUUGUAGCGCGUUGUGUUUUGAAAGUGGAGAAAAGAUCCAUAUGGGUUACAUUUGUUCCGUUUGUUUAGCAACUUUUGGCAGAAAGAGACUUUCCUGUAAUAUAUGUGGUGCAGAGUUUGCAGAAAAUGAUAAGAGUUGAAGAAAGAUACGUUGAAAUGAAUGGAUAUAGUUGUAGAUGUGAAAUGGUAUAAUGGACAAUGCAGAUUUAUUUCAUAUCUCCCACUUAUAACUUUUGAAACCAUGUCUAUAACUAUUAUCUAGUGGCUUUAUGAAGAUUUGUAGAUGCAGUUGAAUAUAGCCAUUAAGACGAAGAGUGAAGAAUAGUCUUCACAAUGAGCGUUGUAGAAACUCCUAUGAAUCUAAAUAAUAAUGGGUAAAAGUCUUUUGGUAUUCUUUUGUGGGAAUUCUUGUUUGGUGGUUGUCGUCGUGUUGUACGAGUUUUAUGCCGCCAAGCUUUUUUUGGGUUUCGGCUAUAUUUCUUAUUACUUUUCUGAUUUCCCUUGGCAUAGUUAGAGGUAUCUUUCGAAAUGACAAGGACCAACUUUCGUAAGUUUGCAAUUGGUUUGAAUAAAGAACGCUGAACUUUUCUAUAGACUGGCACUACUUUGUGUUGUUCUUGCAUAUAGUUGUAUGUAUCUGAUGUGGAUUACUUGUUAUCUACAGCAACUGUACCCCAUCAUUCGACCAGAGAAGCCACCUCAUUU